AUGUUACUUUCGUCCCGGCAUCUUUGUCUACUCUUCAGUGCGACCCUCUCUCGAAGAGAUAUCGACUGGUCACGGUUUGCCUACGUGCAAUAUGCCACCAACACCGCCUAUCUUUGCAACUCGGUGAUGAUGUUCGAAAGACUUCAUCAGUUGCAAAGCCAACCAGAUCGCGUCUUGAUGUAUCCUUCGUGCCUCGAUCCCGAGAUGGACUCCAUUGAAGGUGAAUUGCUGCGCAAGAUGCAGGCGCAUUACCGCGCGCGGCUGGUUCCGAUUGACGUGCAGAGUCGAAUCAGUAGUGAUGUGACAUGGGCAGAGAGCUCUACCAAGCUUCUGGCUUUCAACCAAACCCAGUACGCGCGUGUGCUGAGUCUAGACUCCGAUGGGACGAUCUUGCAGGCCAUGGAUGAAUUGUUUUUGCUUCCCCCGGCCCCAGUGGCAAUGCCCCGCGCGUACUGGCUCGGGUUCGAGCAUCGCCUGCUCACCUCCGCGGAGCGGAUCCAAGGGGCUGGACAAUCCGACUACGACAUGGAGAUCCUGAACGAUCUGUACAAGGACCGUGCGAUGGUCCUUCCUCACCGUCCCUAUAUCCUCUUGACCGGCGAAUUUCGUGCCCGACUUCACACGAACUAUCUCGGCGGCCAUCCGCACACCAGCUGGAACCCUGACUUGGUCUUGUCAGAGGCCAAAUUCCGGCAUUUCUCGGAUUGGCCGGUCUCCAAGCCUUGGCUGAAGACCCCGGAUACGGUCAUGGACCAAGAACAACCGGCCUGUAAUAAUGCGACCCAGACGGGGAGGCCAGAUUGUCGCUCUCGUGAGCUCUGGCUAGGCUUUUACCAGGACUUUGCCCAGCGUCGACAGAGGCUCUGUAGAUUGAAUGUACACUGA